UAAAUGUCCUCUACUAAGCAUACGGAAAACGGAAGAGGAGUCUCCUGUGUCCCACGUUGGCCAACCGUAACAUGGCGCUGCGCAUCACAGGGUUCCCGGAAGUUACGAAGCUGUCACCGACUAAGGAUGGCGACUGACGGGGAUUUUCUGCUGCGUUACCGAGCCGUGUCCAAUAAACUGAAGAAGAGAUUCCUUCGGAAACCGAAUGUGGCUGAAGCUAGUGAACAGUUCGUCUGCUCUCCACUUCAUGACACUGCCUUUGCCACAUGGAGCUCUGUCCUCCAUGCCCAGUCACAUAAAUGGACAGGUCAGUUGGCGAAAGAGCUUAAGCAACAGGACUGCCUUCAGUAUGCUGGCUUCUGUAACCUGGCCAUGGCACGGUGUGAACAGACAUUGUUUAAUGCACCUGGAGAAGCCAUGGCUUUGACUGAAGCAGCCCGUCUCUUUCUACAAGAGGAGAAGGAGAGGCAGCAUUUGAGAUGUCCAGGAUUUGAGGAGCAUUUGCAGGCUGCUAUCAACUGCUACAGUUUUGCUAUCAAGGUUUACAUUGAACUCAAUCAGCCUGUGAUGGCAGCCAGUCUAUGUUUGGAACUGGGAAACGCCUUAAAGGACAUGAACAAGUUGGGUGAAGCUUUAAUUUAUUUCCAGCGUGCAGCUGAGUUACAAACACAGGUUCCCAUUGAGUGCCUUCUCUCUCUGGGAUAUGUGGCAUCGUGUAAGAUCAUGACACGUGAUUAUGAUGGAGCUUUAGCAGUGUUCACAGAAAUGCAGCUUCUGGCUCAGGAGAAGGGUCUCCACACCCCAGGAAACAGUCUGCCAGUAGGAGCCUUCUUGGACAUCAUAGUAAAGUGUGAGGUCUCGCGGGUCCUUCUCCUUAUGCUGCUGCAGCCUCCCCCUCAAAAACUGCUGCCCGAACAUGCACAGACCCUAGAGAAAUAUGACUGGGAAGCUUUCGACAGUCACAGCCAUGUGAAUUAUUUGACUGAAGAGGUUUUUUUACUGUUGCAGUCUGUUGUGAUGGCAUGCCAGGAAAAUGAUGUGGAGUCUCUCAAAGUCUUGCAAGUUGAACUCUGGCCUCUUUUAACAGCAGAACAGAACCAUCUACUGCAUCUGGUCCUUCAGGAAAUUAUUUCUCCUUCAGGUCAAGGGAUCUGAGAUAAACCUAUUUGGACUUGUGGGACCAUUGGUUUUUACUUUCAAUAGUUUAAAUAAAGCUUCUAUUUUGCCGUGACUUGGAUUUGGACUCUAACAUGAUGCUUCUUGUUUUUUACGUACAUUUUUGUUGUUGUCUGCUAUGCUUUGGAAAACAGUUAUGUGAUGGAUGUAUUUACUUGGUUUUACUGUUUCCAUAAAAUGCAAUCAAUUCAAGGCCGUUCCCUGUUUCUGCACUAGUUGCAUUGUAUAAAACUCUAUAAUAUUGUAGUUUAUUUAUGGAAAAUAAAGGUGUCGGGAAAGACAAACUUUUAAUUAA